AUUAUUGCAUUACAUUGCAAUACUACAAGCGUAUAUAAACUUCGCCUUGUCGAAACUAGCUUCCCUUCUUUUUAUGUAUCAAAUGUAUCUCACAAAUACCCACGUCUACAGAUCUGACUUACGAGCUUGACUGCUGUCUUCAGCUGCUCAAGUUCUGAGUUAGCAAUCAAACAUAUGAAAUGAUUCAACGGAUUAAGGGGACAUUUUUAAUUAAAAGGGCUGGCUCAUUACCAUAAUAACACGUUUUGGACGUCAGGGAUCGUCGCCCACUCAAUUAGGUCCUGCAAGUAAUCCCGUCAUUAAACACGGCCAGGUGUCGUUUGUUCUGGCUGCAAAACAAUUAUUAAACCAUUAGGAGGUAUUCGUGGGGGUGCUAUAUAAGGAAACGGUUCUGUAAGCGGGUGCAAUCAUGUAUCCGCGAUUUCUGGACCCUAACUAUCCGCUGGCAAAGCAUUUGUUCUUCGUCACCAGAUACUCUUUUGGCCUGCUGGGCCUGAGAUUUGGCAAAGAGCUAUCGUGGCUUCAUCUCUCGUGGCUGGUGUUCAAUUUCGUGAACCUGGCGCACUGCUGCCAGGCGGAGUUCGUCUUCGGCUGGCUUCACUUGCGCACCAGUCCCGUGGACGCCAUGGAUGCCUUCUGUCCGCUGGCCUGCAGUUUCACCACGCUCUUCAAGCUGGGCUGGAUGUGGUGGCGUCGCCAUGAAGUAGCUGACCUGAUGGAGCGCAUCCGCUUGCUCAUCGGGAAGCAGGAGAAGAGGGAGGAUUCCCGGAGAAAUGUGGCUCAGCGGAGUUACUAUCUUAUGGUCACCAGGUGUGGUAUGCUGGUCUUCACCCUGGGCAGCAUUACCACUGGAGCCUUCGUCCUGCGAUCCCUUUGGGAAAUGUGGGUGCGUCGGCAUCAGGAGUUCAAAUUCGAUAUGCCUUUUCGCAUGCUGUUCCACGACUUUGCGCAUCGCAUGCCUUGGUUUCCAGUUUUCUACCUCUACUCCACUUGGAGUGGUCAGGUCACCGUAUAUGCCUUUGUUGGAACCGAUGGGUUUUUCUUUGGCUUCACCCUCUACAUUGCCUUCUUGCUCCAGGCCUUAAGAUACGAUAUUCAGGAUGCCCUUAAGCCUGUAAAAGAUCCCUCGGUUAGGGAAUCGAAUAUCUGCUGUCAGCGAUUGGAGGACAUCGUGGAUCGCCAUAAUGAAAUUGAGCAGAUUGUCAAGGAAUUUUCAGGAAUCAUGGCUGCUCCCACCUUUGUUCACUUUGUAUCAGCCAGCUUAGUGAUAGCCACCAGCGUCAUUGAUAUACUAUUGUAUUCCGGCUAUAACAUCAUCCGCUACGUGGUGUACACCUUCACGGUUUCCUCGGCCAUAUUCCUCUAUUGCUAUGGAGGCACAGAAAUGUCAACCGAGAGUCUAUCCUUGGGAGAAACCGCCUACAGCUGUGCCUGGUAUACUUGGGAUCGGGAGGUCCGCAGGCGGGUCUUCCUCAUCAUCCUGCGAGCUCAGCGACCCAUGACAGUAAGGGUGCCUUUUUUUGCACCUUCGUUACCAGUCUUCACAUCGGUCAUCAAGUUUACAGGUUCCAUUGUGGCACUGGCUAAGACUAUAUUGUGAAAGGAAUGCUCAAUUAAAAAAACA